UUGGAUACCUCGAUGGCACUACACCGAUGCCCGUCGCCAUGGUGACUGAGGGAACCGACACCGAUGCAAGGCAGGUCUUGAAUCCUGCCCGUGCUACCUGGAUCGUCCAGGAUCAGGCCAUUCUUGGUGGCCUCCUGUCCUCAAUGACAGAGGACGUUCUGCCUCAACUCAUCCGUCAGAUCGACACGUCCGGCCAGUUGUGGGCAUCACUCCACACCAUGUUCUCCGCUCAGCACCGCGGGAACUCAAUCCAGAUCCGCGCGCAGCUCUCGAACACGAGAAAGGGCGACAUGAGCGCAGCAGAGUAUUAUCAGAAGAUGACGGGACUCGCUGAUACUAUGGCGCACAUUGGACGUCCCAUGUCCGAUGAAGAGGUGAUCGGCUACAUACUCGCCGGUCUGGGGCCGGGCCAUAGUGAUCUCUUCACCGCCAUCACUGUGCUGAGCAAUCAGCGUGCGGUGACUCUUCCGGAGUUCUACUCCUAUCUGAUUUCUCAUGAGACCCAAGCCACGCUGAUGAGCGGCACGGCGGAGUUCACGUCAUCCGCCAACAACGUCACGCGCCAGGAAUCCAACGCUCCUCGUCGCAACAACAGCAACAACGGCUACACCACCACCAACAACAACCAUAGGAAUAACUACCGCAACGGCGGUGGUGGUCGCGGACGAGGCCGCGGCCGUGGCAGGAACAAUGGUGGCCCUCGCUGCCAAGUGUGUGGCAUCCCAGGCCACAUUGCGUUGAACUGUCGCAACAGGUUCAAUCACUCCUAUCAGCCAGAUGAAUAUCGUGGUGGAAACAGUGCGACCACGGGAGGCUACAACGGUGACACAAACUGGUAUAUUGAUACUGGUGCUACGGAUCAUCUUACGAGUGAUCUAGAUCGGCUGUCCAUCCAGGAGCGCUACCAUGGCAAGGAUCAGGUGCAAGUGGCCAACGGAGCAGGACAAGGCCACGAAGAAAACGCUUCUACGCGGUAGGAGCAGAGGAGGUCUUUAUCCAGUGCCGUCCAGCCGCUCCUCUUCCACCACUUCCCAUCAUGCAUCGUCCAGUGUCAAGGUGUCGUCAUCGCAAUGGCAUCAGCGUCUUGGUCAUCCUACUUCCACAAUUGUUAGGUCCAUCUUGAAGUUAAAUAAAUUAGACUGUUCUUUUGAUUAUGAGUCCUCUGUGUGUGAUGCAUGUCAGCGUGCAAAGAGUCAUCAACUCCCCUAUAAUAAUUCUGUUCGUGUCACCACAUCUCCACUUGAGCUUAUUCACUCCGAUGUUUGGGGGCCAGCUCAAGCAUCUACUGGAGGUUUUAAGUAUUAUGUAAGUUUUGUGGAUGAUUACAGUCGUUAUACUUGGAUCUAUCUUAUUAAGAAUAAAUCUGAUGUUGAACAAAUCUUUUAUAAUUUCCAAAAACAUGUUGAGCGACUUUUGAAUUCCAAAAUCCGCACUGUUCAAUCUGAUUGGG